AUUUGUGUUGUAUCGAAAGACGCCAUCAUGCUUCCGGUAGUGCUGCUCGCGAUGGUGAUCGCAGUGUCGUGCACUGCUGGUGAGGAGUUACGCUGCGAGCGCAUCAUGGUUGGCGCCUGUCAGAAUCUAGUGUACGACAUGACGAUCGCAUCCGCGCCAGAAACGGCGCUGCAGUACCUGUCGCCCGGCACACCAGCGGCAAAUGCUGGUGCCAACUCCACCGCAACCGGUACCAUCCGGACGUGGCUCGACGCGGAACGGCUGAUCACCUCACUGCGGCCAGUAAUAGAUUCAGGCUGCUCAAAACAGGCAUUGUUUCUCUUCUGCUCCUCACUGUUUCCACUGUGCUCACUGACCGCACCGCGUCCCGUACACCCGUGCCGCUCGCUAUGUGAGCAAGUGCGCAAGGAUUGCUUUAGCGAACUACCGCACAGCAAGCUUUGGCCAGUUUAUCUAGAUUGUCGUGCACUACCCCAGCCGGAAAAGCACGAACUCUGCAUGCAGGUGCCGUCCGAUGCGACGGGAAGUAUCAAACACCGUACCGGUCAUACCGUGACCAGCUACCAUCUACCGGUGACAACGGGCGGAGGGACCGUUUCUCCACCACCAAUCAUUACCCAUGACAGUGUCGAGUCCGUCGUGAAGGGUUGGUCCAUCUCGAACCCAACCUCACUGUUACAGCAUGCGGGUGCGACGUCCGGCACUGGCGGAGUCAUCCAUUCGUCGGUUUCCGUUGGUGCAUCGCAAGGACAGAGAGUCGUGGACGGUGCGACCUGGUCGGACCGGAUCCACUCGCUACAGUUGCCGAGCUUGGCUGUGCCCGGUGUCACUGCGUCGGAAGGUGCCGGUUCGUCCCGCAGUCCCUGCCCGGCCAACUACAGCCUCGAGUACGAUCGGUGCGUACCGAGAUGCGGGCCAACGAUCGAUGCCCUGUACAGCCAGCGCCAGAAAGAGCUGGUAGAGCUGUGGACACUCGUCCUGUCGGCGGUUUGCUUCAUCUUUACGCUUACCUCGCUCGUCUCGUUCUGGGCAAAGGCGUCCAAGCUGGAGUACCCGGACCGGCCGAUCCUGUUCAUGACGCUUUGCUACAACCUUUUGGGACUGUGCUACCUGGAACGUACCAUACUGCACAGCCCGCGUCGGCUGGAGGCGGCCGUUGAGUUUAUGCUGCUGGAUGCACCCGGGCCGGUAGCGACCGGUACGACCACUACCAGCGCAACCCGGUCCGACUGCUCCAUCACAUCCCAGUGCCUGGCGUACUACAUUCUCAAGCACUAUCUGCUGCUGAGUGCCAGCACCUGGUGGCUAAUCUUUGGCCUCUGCUGGUACCUGAGCACCGCCAAACAGUGGUCCUGCGAGGCGCUCGAACGCAAGUCGGGGUUGUUUCACGUGCUGGCCUGGGUUGUACCGUUUGCCGCACCGAUCGGUGCACUGCUCCGUGGCCACAUACAGCGUUUCGAGCUAACCGGGUUCUGUACGGCACGUGGGUUUACGGAGUUGCCGGUGCUGCUGAUGCUACUGCUCGGUACCGCACUCGUUAGCUGUGCGCUGGCCGCACUUGCCCGGCUUCGGCUCUGCUGGAAUCAGCGGGCACCACACCUGGGGCGGGUGUUUGGCCGUGUGCUGAUGUUUGCUGUGUGCUAUCUACUACCCGCCCUAUCGGCGACAAUCUGCAUGAUGUUGGAGCGCGUCGAUCACGAACUCGAACCGUGUCCCGCGGGCGAAGCCGGCGACGGUUGUGUGGCCCAGCGGCCACCGUACUUUUCCCUGCUGCCGACCGUCUUACGGCUAGCGUUAACGCUGCUCGGCGGUGGGUUUGUCGGUGUUUGGCUGUGGUCCCGCCAACCGUCCGAUGCGGACGUGAAUGCGGCAAAGAAAAGCACACAACCGCCCUGCUACAGUACAUCCGAUCUGAUGCUGCUCAAGGGUGGUUCCAAACCGGGACGGCCGCUGGACGAGUGUGGUGCACUUACUGGGACCGGCGGUGUCCGGCGUGCUGAUGGUCGCUCAGCGCCGGACGAUGGUAGCGUCGUGUUGCGGGACGGACAGCUGAUUGCCAGCCGGUACAAAGAUACAACCGAUCGACGACAAACCAACCGAGGUGCGUCACGAAGCGCCACCAGCAGCAGCCCUUAUCGUAACCGGGCGGAGAAGUUAAAGGGGAAAACUUCACAGAAAGUUUGCUACACCUAUCGUCCCUGUACCGGCGUAUUGUCCGAGCACGGUGUUGCGCUACGUCCACCCACCGAAUCGGUCGGUACGAUCCGUUCGGAUCUUGGUCAACGAUCGCCGUACGCUGGCGGUGGGACAACUGCGAACGGUGGUUACGUACCGGUCCGUGUACAUCGCAGCCUCCGAGCCGUCCCGAUGUCGAUGAUCACGCGUAUUUAAAUCCGGUUGCCAUCGUAUGACGCGCCUGCAUUGGUAGAAACCGGAAUCUGAAGGAUUCCGUUUGUGAAAAGCUUUAACUAGUUUGUACGUAACCGUUACACCGCGUAUGUGUUAAAUCUCGAUUUAGUUCUAGCGUUAGGUAUUUGCUUAUUUAUCAUACUAUUAGUUCCCGUGAUACCCGUACCGGUUGGGGCCGUGUGCUAAUCGUUCAGUUGCAAACACACAACGCACGAGUGACGUUGUGUCUAAUAGGAACCGAACACUGCUCUACCGCAGACGGGAGCUUAUAUGUGUAGGAGUUGAAAUAUCCAUCAUUGCCACUGUACUGAUCCUAGACGGGAGUAUUGUAGGAAUACUUGCGCUAACUUUGAAUAGCUGCUGUGUAUACAGUUUGGUUGACAGGUGUACAGAGUUCACCCAAGCAUUCGAAGAUUCUUCGAAGGCUACAAUAGCUUAGAUUUAGGCAAUACAUAAUGUCUUAUACGAUUACGACACUUGCUGACACUUCAUGCUAACAAGCUAAAUUGUCUUCUAUUCAAAAUCCAUUCAUUUUCCAACGUUUGUAUAUAGCAUAACGCAUUCGUCUAAUGGAAAGUGACUAAUCCUCAAUCAUCAAUGCGUAAACGUAAUGAAUGUUCGUUUUGGAACACAAAAAACACAUAAUUAUAUGUAUACAAAUUAUUUAAGAAGCGAGCAACAUUUUCCAUUAAGGUUUGGACAAAUAUUUCGAUGGUUCUCUUGGAAAGCGAGCCGCGAUGUUUAACACAUGCAGUUAGAAAUCGUUACUAUGUUAGUGGCAGAAAGCACCUAAAAUGGAUGUAACCUUAAAAUUA